CUAAAGCCCAAACCUGCGACUUCUUUCCCGACUAUGCGAACAGAUUGGCUCGCCAGCUCCGAGGAGAUGAUCGAUCACGGCCACCGUCAGCAAAACCUUGAAAAUUCGAUUACUAACAUGUGAUCUUACUUUAGCUCAACCCUACUUAUACCCCUCUCGUCUCUCUGAAGCUAUAACAGCACUUGACGUACACUUGCUCAGUAUCAUAAGAUUGCUACUGUUCCUUACGCAUAGCUACCCUUCCCGACCAGCACGAACAUCACGCAGAAUGUCGACUCUCAAACAUACACUCCCAUGGACCACCUCCCCCCUCAUAAUCAAUGCCCCCAUGGCCGGCUCCGCGGGCGGGGCUCUCGCCUCAGCCGUCUCCCUCUCCGGCGGGGUCGGCAUGAUUGGAUGUCUCUUCAGCCUGGACGAUGUGCGCAAGGAACUCAACAUCGCCGCGAAAAACUUCAAAGCCAGCUCCAACCCCUCUAUCUCUUCAUCGAGGACGCUUCCGCUCGGUGUUGGUUUCCUAACCUUCGUGCUGAACCUAAAAGAUGUCCUGCCGGUAGUUGAGGAGUUCAAACCCGCUAUUGUGUGGCUGUUCGCAGCGAAGGAGUUGGACGAUUAUAAAGUCUGGGCGGCGGAGAUCCGCAAAGCAUCCCCGGAAAGCAAUAUAUGGAUCCAGGUCGGCAACGUAUCUGCGGCCGUGCACAUCGCACGCACGGCAUCUCCCGAUGUGCUGUGCCUUCAAGGUGCCGACGCAGGAGGCCACGGCUUUGAAAAGGGCUGCGGUAUCAUCUCCCUUUUACCUGAAUCGGCAGACGCCCUCGUAAAAGAAGGACUCGGGCAGAUUCCCCUGGUAGCAGCAGGCGGGAUCGUAGAUGGACGCGGUGUUGCCGCUGCGCUAGCGCUCGGUGCGCAGGGCGUCGUGAUGGGGACGCGCUUUCUCGCCUCGGAACAAAUCACAAUCCACCCGGCCUACCAAUCCGCCGUCCUGGAAGCGUCGGACGGCGGCCAAGUAACUAAGCGCUCCAAGCUCUUCGAUGAACUCCGAGGUCCGAACAUGUGGCCCGCGGCGUACGAUGGACGGAGUCUUGUGGUGCAAAGUUACAAAGACCACUUGGGAGGGAUGAGCAUUGAGGAGAUUCAGAAGCUGCAUAAUGAAGCUGUGAAGGAGGACGAUAACGGGUUCAAGCCCGGUUUGAAGGGACGGGCUGCGAUUUGGGCAGGCACGGGCGUGGGGAUGGUGAAGGAGGUGGAGAGUGCGAGGGAUAUCGUUGAGGGUGUGAGGAGGGACGCGAUGGAGAUUUUAGGAAGGGUGUUGAAGAUCUAAGACGGGCAGAAGGACGGGGAGAAGUCGAUUUGGUAAAGGAGAGUCCUUAUAGCUUUCCCCUGGGUCCCCCCUGGCUUUUGUUUGAUCUCGGGUCCGCUUGGUUCAACAUGAUGGGCAACCGUAUGCCUGCGCUUAGUUCCUGGCAUCCUUUACUUCCGAUGUCUUCUCCCUGUACGUUGUCAGUACUCCGAUCUGCAAUUAUCGGACAUUGGACUAGCGCACAUGACACCUAAAUCACCCGUGUUCAACUCCCCCUUCGUCUCCGCACACAGCACACUGCACUGCCACAUUUCAGCAUUACUUCGCUCUUGGCGCAGAACUCGACAUACCUCAUUGUCCGCCCCCAGCAAAUGCUGCACGCCCUUCGGUACGACAAAC